AUGUUCUUCCGCGGUCGUGACCCCAGGUCGCGUAGGUCCUUCAAAGUAAAGAUGGCGGCGUCUGCAAUGAAGAGUGCCCUGGGACUGCGGGCGAGUGUUAGUCGGCCAGUUGCUUUCGUCAGAAAAAUCCCUUGGACCGCAGCAUCGAGUGAGCUGAGAAAACACUUUGCACAAUUUGGCCAUAUACGAAAGUGCACUGUACCUUUUGACAAAGAGACUGGCUUUCACAGAGGUAUGGGUUGGAUUCAGUUUUCUUCAGAAGAAGAACUUCAGAAUACACUGCAACAGGAAAACCACAUUAUUGACGGAGUCAAGCUGCACGUUCAAGCUCAAAGACCAAAAGUUUUGCAAGGGGAUCAAACAUUUGAUGAAGAGAAAGAUUUUUGAGAGUUUUAAUGACUGCCUACUUAAUAAAGUAAACAUAACUGAGAA